AUGAGAGUUCUCUGUUGGAACUGUCGAGGUUUAGGCAUUGACUCGACAGUUCGACGCCUAAAAGAGAUACAUCACAAGUAUCUCUUGGACAUCAUAUGUCUUUCUGAAACAAAGCAACAAGAUGACUACAUCAGGGAUGUUGGUGCUCAGUUAGGAUUUCUUUCUUAUGCUACGGUUCCUCCAGUCGGAUCAAGCGGAGGUUUAGUUGUGUUUUGGAAUUCCAAUGUACAGCUUUCAGUUCUUAGUGCUUCUCCUAAUCUAGUAGAUUGUAAAGUUGGAAGAAUCAAUGAAAAUCCUUUCUAUUUUUCCUUUGUUUACGGUCACCCAAAUCCGGCUCUAAGACACCACACCUGGGAAAAGCUACAAAGACUUAGUACUAGCAGACAACAACAAGCAUGGUUUGCUUUGGGUGACUUUAAUGAAAUUCGAGGUAACCAUGAGAAAGAAGGUGGGCGUGUUAGACCUGAAGCUUCAUUCCACAAUUUCAAAACUAUGAUGCGUACAUGUGACUUCAAAGACCUCAGGAGUAUUGGAAAUAGAUUUUCAUGGGUGGGGCAGAGAGGUCUACAUCAGGUCAAAUGUUGUUUGGAUAGGACAAUGGCAAAUCCUUGCUGGUUGACAGAAUACCCAGGAUCUGAUACUGAGUUCUUGGAGAUUGGGGAAUCAGAUCAUCGGCCUCUAAUCACCUAUAUUGCUUAUGACCAUGAGAGACCAAGGGGAAGGUUUCGAUUUGAUAAUAGAAUGGUUGGCAAAGAAGGCUUCAAAAAUACAGUUAAGAGAGGAUGGAAUGGUAACGGUCAAAUGCAACUUAUUAGAAUUCCGUUGGCUCAGAGAUUGGGGAGAUGUAGACAACAUAUUUCAACUUGGAAAAGAAGCAACAGAGUGAAUUCUUCGGACAAAAUCAACUUAUUAAGGAGUCGAUUAGAUAUGGCGAUCACUACAGGCUCUUUGUCGUUACUAGCACGGACUGAGCUAAAGAAAGAACUCAAUGAAGCAUACUUAGAGGAGGAAAUCUUUUGGAAACAGAAGAGCCGAACUCAGUGGCUUCGUGCUGGGGAUAGAAACACCAAAUACUUUCAUGCUGUUGCUCGCGGGAAAAGAAUUCGAAACACAAUCACAACGAUCCAAGAUGAAAAUGGAGUGAGAAGAAAGGGUCACAAAGAAGUUUCUGAAGUGGCAGUAAAGUAUUUUGAGGAUCUUUACUCCUCUUCUCCAGUUGAUCAAGGUGUAUACGAUGAGGUCUUCACAGGUUUUCAUUCCAGAGUUUCUCCUGAGAUGAAUGCGGACUUAACUCAAGGAGUUACAAUGGCAGAGAUACAACAAGCUGCAUUUGAUAUAGGACCUCACAAGGCUCCAGGACCUGAUGGUUUCUCAGCAGUGUUUUAUCAUCAGUUUUGGGAAGAUCUCAAACCAGAAAUUAUGCAAGAAGUAGCGGAUUUCUUUGAAAGAGGGGAGCUUGACAGACAACUAAAUCAUACAAAUAUCUGUUUAAUCCCAAAGGUCUAUCCACCCACUGGUAUGUCUCAGUUCAGACCUAUAGCCUUAUGCAACGUUUCUUACAAAAUUAUCUCCAAAAUACUUGUUAACCGUUUAAAGAGGCAUUUGGGGAGCAUCAUCACUGAGAAUCAAACUGCUUUUAUUCCGGGUAGAAUGAUAACAGAUAAUAUCUUAGUGGCACAUGAGAUAUUUCAUUCACUUAAAGCAAGGAAGAGACAAGCAAAGUCAUAUAUGGCUAUAAAGACAGAUAUUACAAAGGCCUAUGACCGGUUAGAAUGGAGUUUCCUGGAGGAGAUAAUGGAGAGGAUGGGAUUUGAAAGGAAAUGGAUCAGAUGGAUAAUGGCCUGUGUCAGAACUGUGAACUACUCGGUGCUAAUCAAUGGAUCCCCCGAAGGCCAUAUCAAUCCGGCAAGAGGGAUAAGACAGGGAGAUCCCCUAUCUCCCUAUCUAUUCAUACUCUGUGCAGAGGCUUUAUCUCAUCUCAUGAACCGUGCCAUGGAAGAUAGGAGUCUACUAGGAGUCAAAAUUGCAAUCCAAGCUCCGGCUGUGAAUCAUUUGCUUUUUGCAGAUGAUUCUCUUUUCUUUACAUUGGCAAACAAGAAGGCAGCAGACAAGCUUAAACAAAUCUUUGGACUGUACGAAAAGGUCUCGGGACAAGCUAUCAACUUCAACAAAUCGUCUAUUACUUUUGGGAAGAAGGUCUCACCGGAAACUCAAAACAGGAUGAGAAACAUACUACAAAUACAUAAUGUUGGAGGUAUUGGCAAGUACCUGGGAUUACCGGAGCAAAUAGGAGGCAAAAAAGCAGAUAUGUUUGCAUAUAUCACUGAUAAAGUGAGAGCUGUUACUCAAAGGUGGAAACAGCAACAACUAUCACUGGGGGGGAAAGAGGUCCUGAUAAAAUCCAUUGCUUUGUCAAUGCCUAUAUUCUCUAUGAAUAUUUUCAGAUUACCAAAAGAAAUCUGUGAACAUAUCAACGGUAUAUUGGCAAAGUUUUGGUGGGCAGCUGGAGACAAUAAAGGAAUGCACUGGUAUGCUUGGAAACGAGUGAGUAAACCAAAAAGGGAAGGAGGUCUCGGUUUCAAAGACUUGGAAUGCUUCAAUCAGGCACUCCUAGCUAAGCAAGCUUGGAGAAUAUUACAGAAUCCAAGUUGUUUAGUGGCUAGGAUUUUAAAGGCAAGAUAUUUUCCAAAUGGAACGAUCUUAACAGCACAACUGAAGAACAAUUCUUCUUAUGCUUGGAAAUCUAUAUUGUUUGGAAAAGAACUACUCAACAAGGGGAUGAGAAUCAUCAUUGGCAAAGGUAACAAUACUCAGAUGUGGCAUGACCCGUGGAUUCCUGAACACCCACCAAGAGCACCUCGUUCAACCAAUGGAGAUACAUCAAAUGUAAAGGUGCAAACAUUCAUUAAUGAAGGAGGCGGCAGUUGGAAUGUCCACAAAGUCAUGAGUGAAGUUCACCCAGAAGAUGUCAACAAAAUACUGAAUUUGAAGAUUAGUGCAAGGGCAGAGCUGGAUCUCCUGGGAUGGAGUUAUAAUGAUAACGGUAUUUACAGUGUCAAAUCUGGAUAUUGGCUUGCAACACAUCUACCAGCUCAACAACAGAGGAGUACAGCAGGAUGGGUAAUCAGAGACUCAAAUGGAACAUACAAAGGAGCAGGACAAGCCAAUGGGAACAAUGUUAACAAUGCAUUGGAAAGUGAAUUACAAGCUCUCAUCAUUGCAAUGCAAAAUUGCUGGAGUAAAGGUUACAGGAAGUGCUUCAUUUUACGGGAUAUAACUGGAUUCGAGAAGUGA